AUGGCCUUUUGUCCCGCUGCUACCCGGCCCGUAGGGAAGGGCAAACAGUGGCGGAGGAGAGGCGGAGCAGGCGGUUCGCAAGACGCGCGGGGCGGUGGGGGAACAGCGGACGAGGGGCGCGAAGGGGAGGGAAUUGGCGCAAGGGGUGGUAGUGGGGAGGGGUGGGUGGCGGACAAUGGGCGGAAGGAGGAAGCGGCGGAUGGCGCGCGGACAGAUCCGGGAACGGAAGGGGGAUGGAAGGAGGCAGCGGGGGGGGAAGCGGGGCGGAGUGACGUGGAUCGGAACACGGUUUUCGUGCGCAACGUCUCGUUCAAAGCCUCACAGAACGAUGUGGGUGUCUUUCCCAGUGCUGAAUUGAUCUCUUAUGCUAUUUGUACCUCCUUUCUUGAUGGGGGCAAUCGCUAUUUGCCCCUCCCAUCUGCCCCUCCCAUCUGCCCCUCCCAUCUGCCCCUCUCAUCUGCCCCUCUCAUCUGCCCCUCUCAUCUGCCCCUCUCAUCUGCCCCUCUCAUCUGUCCGUCCACUCAUGUGGGGUGA